AUGAGAAACGUCGCAGUCGCAGGAGGCACCGGCCGCUUAGGCCUCACGAUCGUCAAGGCUUUGAAGCAAAGUGAGCACAAUGUGAUUGUGUUGAGUCGACGGUCGUCACCAAACCCACGAGUCGCGCCGACCAUCCACGUCGAUUACAGCAACGUGGAGUCGCUACAAAAAGUGCUGCACGAUCACAACAUCGACACAGUCAUCUCAACAAUGUCGCUCUUCACCGAAGCCGAGGGCGUGGCCCAGCUCAAUCUCAUUGCAGCUGCAGAAAACUGCCAAAACACCCAGCGAUUUGUCCCUAGCGAAUGGAGCAUUCCUCUGCGCAAAGAUCACGUCGAUAGCCUUCCGAGUCUUCAAGCACGACUGCAAGCCGUCGAAGCCCUGAAGAGAUCAGGCCUAGAAUUCACGCUAUUCUACCCGGGUUGGUUCAUGGACUUCUACGGCCUGCCUCACAUCGAGAGCGAAAUGGGACCAUUCCCUUUCGCAGUGGACAUUGAAAACAAAGCAGCUGUGAUACCUGGAAGUGGAAACGUGCCAGUCGUUUUCACUUACACGCCAGAUAUCGCCAAAAUGGUUGUUGCGAGUUUGGAUCUAGAGAAAUGGCCGGAACACUCGUACAUUAUUGGAGACAAGAUGACAUUCAAUGAAUUGCUUGCAUUGGUAGAAGAGGUCAAAGGUAGCGUUUGCUAUACUCUGUUUUCUGUCACGUUUCAUGAUGCGUUUUCUAAUCAGUUUGAUACUUCUCAAACAGGAGGCAAGUUCUCGGUCAGCUACAACACUAUUGCAGAAAUGAAGAGCGGCAAGAUCGUUGAGCUUCCGGCCCAAAAGGAAUGUUACAACGACGAGAAUGGAAAGGAGAACUUCCAAAAGCUAGUGGUUGCCUAUGCAGUCUACGUGGAAGCAGGUGAUUUCGAUUUCCCAGCCGCCGCAACACUGAAUGCCACACUCCCAGAUGUUAGAACAAUGUCAGUCAAAGAAUUUCUUUACAAUGCCUGGGGAAGCAAGUAG